AUGCCUCGUCCAACUCAAAUAGAAUCUGCUGUCUCGAAGGCGAAUGGAGUUCAGAAAAAGAAGAAAAGACGUAAAAAGACGGUACCAAGAGAGGACGAAAUAAAACAACUGAAGACCGCCUUGGAAGUAAGAAAUUGGUUAUGCUAUACUUAUUUUCCAGAAAUUGAAAAAGAAAUACGCUGAAACGAAUGAUGCCGAGUUUGACCUAGAUGACAAACAGUUCGAAGUAAAUUAUGAGAAGAUUGUGAAAAUUCGCCAAAAACAGGAUGAAUGUGAAAGAAGACUAAGAUACCUCCAAAAUGAAGCUGGAGAAGAGUAAGGUUUUAUUUACCGUUUUAUCGUUUUAGAUCCACAGAGAUCUUCGUCAAUUGCACUGGUUUCGAACCACUGAAUGAAAAGCUCAGUGAGUUUCUCAACAAUCCUGCAAAUUUGAAUAGGUAAGCGCAGUUAAUAUCCGAGGCCUGUGUUAUAUAUUCAGACCGUUGAGUAAAAAAAUAUUUUCCCGCAUUUUGAAUGAGGUAAAGGAGGUGCAUGGGGAAGAACUAAUGAUUCGAAAUCGUAUCCCCGUGAACAGCCCAGAUGAUUUAUGUAAGUAUAACACCUUUUAUAUUCAAUUUGUUUGUUUUAGUAAUCUUUUCAAUGAUCCAGAUGCAAAACAUUGCGCGCCAGACGAAGCUUCUUCGUGUUCAUGUCCCCAUGUUAAAGAGAUAUGACCCUGAAGGGUCUUGUAAGUUAUUUAAGGUUGCUGCAAUUUUAAUUUUUUUAGACGAUCAAUUUAUUUCUGCUGCGGUUAACAGUAUCUGUAAAGAAAAUGAGAAUGGUGAGGAAGUCAGAGACGCGUUAAAGCAGGCAGCGGAAGUUAUGGAAGAAGAAGGAGAUAAUUGUAGUCUCGACGAUGAGGAAGAGGGGGGAAAGGACCUUGAGGUUGAUGGAAAUUUUGAGGUUGGAGAUUUGGAGGAGUUUAUGGCUAAAGUUGUUGACGAAGGCGAAGAUGACGAUCACGAAUUGAUGUUAGUGGAUUCAGAUGAUAACGAAAAAAAUGCAGAUGUAAACUAACCGGAACAUUACAAUUUUUGUUUCUUUUAGGAUGAGGUUAAUGUAGCGGAUGAUUUUAAUAAUGACUCCAACCAGUAUAUUACUUUGGAUAGUGAUGAUGAUCAUAUCUGUGGUGAAGUUCCUUCGUCUAGUCAUGAAAUUGUGGAUACGAUGAUGAAUGGCCAAAUAACCUCAGAAAAUGUAAAGAGACCUCAAAUGGCAUCAUCUGUAUAUCCGCAGAAAGGUAGAUACUUGUAGAAGGAUACUGAAGUUACUCGUUUAUGUUGCAGGAACCGUUGUGGAAAUCAAAGAAGGGGGACCUCUAAGUCUGUCGCAUUCUAACUUCAUGCAAAACUCAGAUAUGGCCUUUGGUAAGGUAAGCCUAAUACACCAAUCGAAUGUAAAACUGCUUUUAAUCUUAGAUUAAACGUUGCGCGACGCCCCGACCGGAUGCUGUUCCGGUGAUAACCUUGUCUGACGAUGAUGAUGCCUAG